CGCCAGGAUGUCUACGCGUAUGAAUACGAAGACGGCCCAGGUCCUGAUCCAAGAGAUCCCACCUUUGAUCUCCAAAACGGAUUCAAAUCACCCUGGGAUAGUAGUAUCAUCGAUUCGCUCCUGGAAGAAUUGCAGAAAAGAGUUGGUGAAGAGAGUUGGCCAAUCCGAAGAUCAGAAGCGUAUUUCAGGGAAAUCCUUCAACAUCGCUACAAGCGCCUACGUACAAUCUGGACGGCUGCGCAGGCUAAGGUCACAGCAAAAGGCGCAUUGGAGACUCCUGCAGAGGUGGAGGAGAGGUUGAUAGCGAAGAAGGACGAAACGCUGAAAUCUACUCGUCAAACGACGCGCCGAAAAAAUCAAACGACCGACGAAAACCGAGAAGACCUCCCAGCCUGGCAAUGGCUUCAGCUAUUAGUCAAGACACUAGGAGAUGGCGGCAUGAGUUCGGAGGAAAGCGACGUUGAAAAUCAAAUCGAAACGGUACUUCGUGUCAAAAAUAUGGUAUGGCGCCGUGCGAUGGAACGGGAGUUAGAUAUCAUUGAUCACCAAAGACUUAUGGAUGCCGAUAUCUUC